AUGGAACCGCGUCAACUACGAGCGAUCAUGCUUUACGAGCAUAAUCUAGGGACGAGUGCAAGGCAAACGGCCGAGAAAAUUAACACUGCGUUCGGACAAGGCACUAUUGCUCAUUCCACAGUGAGUUAUUGGUUUAAGUCUUUUGAUAAGGGGGACACGAGUUGUGAAGACAAACCUCGCUCCGGUCGGCCAGUUGUCUUCGACGAAGACCUUCUACGCUCACAUUUGGAAAGACAUCCGGAUGCGACUACCAGGGACUUGGAGAAGGAACUUGGGUACGACCAUUCCACCAUAAUUCGGCACCUGCAUGCAAUGGGCUACCACAAAAUAAUGAGUCGGUGGACACCCCACGCUUUGACAGACAGCGAGCGCGCAGCACGCGUGACCAUAUGCGAAAGUCUCCUCCUGCAACCACACAGACAAGACUUUCUCAGGUCCAUUGUCACCGUCGAUGAAUCCUGGGUUCACUACAACAACAAAACGCGGCAGGCCUAUUGGGUUCUACGCGGAGAAAGGGCGCCAACGGAACCAAAGUCAGAUCGUCAUGGACGAAAGAUAAUGUUAUCAGUUUUCUGGGACUGGCAGGGCAUAUUGGGAACUGUUGAACGAAAAGCAGACUAUUAA